AUGGUUUGUGUGCUUUGCAUUGGCUGGGUCAAGAAGAAAACCCUGAACUCUAAUGAGAAGAUCUUGCUGCUGCUGGGAUGCUCCAGGAUUUGUUAUUUGUGUUUCUCAUGGGUAUACAGCUUCCUUUCAAUAAUUUAUCCCAAUUACCUUUAUGUUCAAACUACAUUUCAACUAAUUGCAUUUUUUCAAGCCUCUUCUAAUUGUUCCAACUUGUGGUUUUCUGCCUGUCUUUGUGUUUUUUAUUGCAUAAAAAUUGCCAAUUUCAGGAACAGAUUCUUCAUUUACCUGAAAGUAAAAAUUGACAAGAUUGUGCCCUGGCUUUUGUUGGCAUCAGUGCUUUCAGCCUUGGCCAUUGGCAUCAUUGCCUAUGACCUGGCUGAUACAAACCUCGGUAGCAACUGUAAUUCCACCAGGCAAGGAAAUUUUUCAAAAGUGAGUAGCCAAAUGGAUGAAAAUGUUUUCCAGAUAUAUUUUAUCUAUGGCUUUGGAUUUGUCACAUCUUUCACAGCAGUCAUGUGUUCUGCCCUUCUCCUUCUCUUUUCUCUCUGGAGACACAAAUGCAAGAUGCAGACAAACUCCAUGAACAGUGUUAGCAUGGAUGCCCACAUCAAAGCCAUGAAAUCUAUUCUCUCCUUUUUUAUUAUAUAUAGCAUUAACUUUAUAUUUCUGAUACUGUCACUAAUUCCUUCAACAAAGGAGGUAAAUUAUGUUGUAUUUCUUAGUUUACUGUAUCUGUAUGCUUUUCCAGGUAUUCAUUCCCUUAUUCUGAUUUUCAGCAAUCCUAAGCUGGAAAAGACACUGAGAAGGAUCCUAUUCUGUGUCAAGUGCAAGGUUUGCAUGAGGUAG